CAAGAAAACAUACUUAGACACGGUUUGCCAUAUCCAGUCUUAGGUUGCAAUCAAGAGAAUAUAGUCAAGAACUGUUUUUUUGGUAAGUUAAACACGGAUUUUGUUUUUAAACAAAAAUCUAAUUAUUUAAGCUGUACAAAAUAUUUUUUAAGAGAUGCUAGAGAAAUAAAUGUUGAAUAUCAAAUAUCAAGGAAUUUUUCUACAAAUAAAUUACUUUGUAAGAGCAACAAUAGGCAUGAGUCUGAUGAUGAAUAUGAAGAAGAACUGGAAGAUCCAAAUUACAAGGAUCUUGUGAGACAAACGUUUAAAAUGUCAGAUGUAGGACAUCAGGUGUUUGUAAUUCAACCGUACAUUAAGUGGGGGCCUUCCAAACGAACUAAUACAACGCCAAAACUACAAUUAGACGAAGCAGUAGCUCUCAUUAAGACCUUGCCUGAGUGGAAUGUAGUAUCAACAAGGCUAGUCUCAAUGAUGAAUUUCAAUAAACCAAAAAUAUUUGGAAAAGGAAAUUUGGAAAUUUUGUCAGAGAUAGUAACAAAAAAUAAAGCUAUAACUGCUGUGUUUAUUAGCCUAAAUAUGUUAAGCCCACAACAACACAGGGCUCUGGAAGAAGCGUUCAAGGUACCUGUAUACGAUCGGUACAUGAUAGUGAUCCAAAUAUUUAAACUGCACGCCACAACCAAAGCUGCAAAGAUUCAAGUUGCCAUUGGAGAAAUUCCGUAUAUGUGGUCUUGGCUAAAACACGAUCACGAAGGCAUGAGUGACAAGAUGGGAGGAGGCGCAACAAUAGGAGGGCCAGGGGAGUCUUACAUUGAAAUUAAAAAGAGAUUGCUUCAAGAUAAAGAACGGAAACUUAAAAAUGAGCUACAGAGGUUGAAAACUCAGAGGGAACUGUUGCGCAGCAGACGACAGAAACUGAACAUCCCCACUGUUGCCGUUGUAGGGUACACGAAUGCUGGGAAGACAUCACUCAUCAAGGCCCUGACUCGAGAGGAAACGUUGGAACCUAAAGAUGUAUUGUUUGCAACACUCGAUGUAACAGUACACGGUGGAAUCCUGCCGUCAGGUCUUAAAGUUUUGUUUGUUGACACGGUUGGUUUCCUGUCUGACAUACCGACAAAUCUUAUCCAGUCCUUCGUCGCAACUUUAGAAGAUGCGGUGCAAGCAGAUGUUCUUAUUCAUAUUCAAGAUGUCAGCCAUCCAGAUUUGAGAGCACAAAAUGAUCACGUAAUAGAAACGUUGAAAUCCAUUAAAUUGCCCGAAAACUUGCUUGAGAAUAUGAUAACUGUAGGGAACAAAAUAGAUCUGAUUUCGGGUCCUUUACCAGAUCUUGGCACAAGUAUACCGGUGUCUGCAACAUCUGGAUUUGGCAUAGAAGAGCUGAAGAGGAAGGUGGAACAGAAGAUUAUUAAGGCCACUGGACAGAUUUUUAUUAAAAUCAGAGUUCCCAAUGGUGGGUCAGAGUACAGUUGGUUGUUUAAAGAGGCAACAGUUAUUCAGGUUACGGCAGAUGAGAAGGAUAAUCAGUUUGCCGUACUAAACACAUUAAUAAGUGAAGCGAAUUUGAACAGGUUCAAACACAUAUUUAUUUCCUCUAAAGUCAAAAGGAAUAAGGGAUAGGUCUACUGUUGUUGAAAUAAAGGAGCAUUGUAAGAGUAAUCUUUCUACCAUGCAUCUUAUAGCAGUAAGAAUAGAACUUGUAUUAAAUACACCUUUGUUGAAGACAUAAAUGAAUUUAUGAAAUGUUAUUUUUGAACUCGAAAACUUUGAUGUACUGACUGUUAGUGAUGUUCAUAGUAGUUGUAAAUAUGAACUGAAAGCACCAGGUGCUUUUACUAUUUAGUUUUAAAAUGUACAAUACUUGUUUUGUUGAAUAAAACAAUCGCUUUGUUAAGAAUA